AUGAGUAACUGGUGUCUAGAAAAUGACAACCUAGAAAAUGAUGACCUAGAACAUGACGACCUAGAAAACGAUGACCUAGAACAGGACGACCUAGAAAAGGAUCACCUAGAAAAUGACGACCUAGGUAACGAUGACCUGGAAAACCACGACAGGGAUGGGGUAGCUCGAAGGAUUAAAAGGCCGAGUAGAGGGGUAUAUAAGGCGGGAAAUAAGAGGAGGGUAGGAGGGAACUAUGAACGGGUGAGAGAUGGGCGAAGAAGGAAAAUUACAGAAAAAUAGUAAAUAUUAUUUGUAAAAAAACGGCUAAGGGUAUGAAGCCAAGGAAUAAUACAGUACAAAUGGAAAUGCAAGGUACACGAGGUCUCCCCUCUGUUUUUGUUUAUCAAACAGGCGUUACCUGUGAUUGAUAGAUUUGUUUGAUGACAAGAAUCGUGAUUGACAUUAAUUCUAUACAUUGAUUUAAAAGUAUCAGGUUAUUGUGUUCUAGUGCUAUUAUAUUCUAGUGCAAUUUACAUCCUUUCCAAAUAUUAAUGACCAUUGAUUUUCGGUUUUCCUCUUGUUUUUCUUUCAGAUAAUUUAAAAUUCAAUCUUAUCAGUGAUCGUGAUAUGUUGUCAAGAUUUAAACUACCGACUCCUGGUAGUAAAAGGUGCUAUUCAGCGCCAUCCUUGAAUGCCUUUCCAGAUGUUAAAACAUUUGAUUACAACAAGCUCCACAAUGCGGUGGAAAUUGGACAAGACAGCUUUGCUACAAGACAAGACAGCUACACUGGGAGAAAAUGUUGUAGUGAAAAAGAUGUUUGAUCUAGAAGAUGAUGAAAAAGACCUCUUCUUAAAAGAGGUGAAACUGUUAAAUACGUUAAAACAUCCGAACAUCGUGACAUUUCAUGGAAUGAGCAUUUCUCCUCCAGCCAUAAUGUUGGAGUACAUGUGUUUCGAUUUCAGACUCUCUGAUAAAGACCACAAAGUUCAUUCUUUUCUGAGUACUGUUAGUAUAGCCAGUUAA